GUACGAAUCACCAAUUCAUUUUUGUAAUACUAUUGAUCGUUGACAUUCUCUCGUCUUCCCCAUGUGAUUGCAUCGCAGGUCUAUAAAAAGGGCCAUUCAACGAUUUUCAUCGAAGUAUUUAUUGGUUCAAGAAAGCCAUAUCUUAUAUGGGAUUUAGAAUUGAUCACUUCAUGCAAGAGAUAGUACGUAUAGUGUGCAUAUCCUGUUAUGCUGAGAUUACUGUUUUGAAGAUUAUCGAGAACAUAACCUAAAAAGUACGACUUAAACAGUAUAAUUACGCUUAAAUUCUCAUUUUCUUAUAAAGAAAUGAAAUGAAUACAUUUUUUUGAUUUACGGUAUGAAACAUGUGAUUAAACAAAAAAUUGGUAAAGGAUCAAACAACAUCUUUCUGUUUUAAUGAAAACCAAUGAAAACAUAACCAAAUGACAGCUUUCAAGCAAAUAAGCUACCUUGCUAAAAAUACUAUUAUAAUUGCAAGCUGAUUUUUGUUUACUUUCGUUAAACUUUUAUUAAAUUUGCAUCUAUCUAUGUAUUUAAAAGGAGUAAAAAGAAAACCAUAUAAAAAUAUGAAAAAUAAUUACAAUUAAUUGUGAUGAAGGAGCAUGAUUUUCCCAAUAUAUUUUUACUAAAUGGGACACAACAAUUACACAUGUCACUCAAUUGUGUAAAUAUCACAUAGAAAAAAUAUAUCAUAGAAUAUCUUGAAAAGUAUUUAUUAUAAAAGUGUGGGAAUGGGCAAUUGUUUGUGUAAAGAUCCACUAGAAGAUUUUGAUAUAUAUAGAGGACAAAAUCAUGCAGGAACUGAAAAUACUGUACUACCAGAAUCAGGUGUAGAUACAGUUGCAUCUGGUGAUGUAACUUCUACACCUUUCAAAUUUCCAACUUCAGCCAAUAUUGAUAAGUUAGUACUUGAAACUCUUGGAGUUAUUGGUUCUCUUGUUGAUAAUGAACAAGAGCCACCACCUGCAAUGUUAAAAUUACAUGCAAUUGCUGAUAAAGAAGAUGGAUGGAUCCAAGUUGUCAGUUCUAUGGUUAAUGUUAUUCCUAUGCAUAACCCAUUAGGUCCUUCUGUUAUUACACUUUUAUUAGAUGAUUGUCCACUACCUUCAAAGGAAUCAGUUCUACGGUUGUCACACAUGUUUCAAUUAUCCCAAAAACUUGGGAAUAUACAAACAAGUGCAACUCAACAACGCAAUAUUUGUGUAGUACUGGGUUGUAUAGCAGAAAAACUAGCUGGCCCAAGUAGUAUUGCUAUACUAUCAGAGGCAACUUUGGAUUAUCUUAUUUCAAAUCUUAAAGAAAAUAUUGAUGCUUAUGUGGUUCUGUAUUCAUUGAUAGCUUUGGAAAAAUUUGCACAGACAAGUGAAAAUAAAGUAACUAUAAAAAAACGAUUAAUGGCAGAAAAACCAAAUCCAUUAUUAGAAUUGGAAAAAUGGGCAACAGAAACUCAUUAUGUACGUAGACAAGUAGGUUUCUGUGCACAGUGGUGUCUAGAUAACUUGUUUUUAAUGGAAGGUAGGAAAUAUUCACAUGAUGCAGUUGAUAUGAGUGGUAUUAAUGUUAUGUUAAACACAAAAGAUGUAAGUGAGUACCUGAAAAUAUCACCCAAUGGUUUGGAGGCGCGGUGCGACGCGUACUCGUUUGAAAGCGUAAGGUGUACAUUUCAAGUAGAUUCAGGAAUAUGGUAUUAUGAAACACUUGUCAUAACUACAGGUGUAAUGCAAAUUGGUUGGGCUACAAAAGACAGCACGUUUUUAAAUCAUGAAGGAUAUGGUAUAGGCGAUGAUGAAUUUUCUUUGGCUUAUGACGGUUGUCGUAGGUUGAUAUGGUACAAUGCAAAAAGUGAAAAAUACCACGAAAAACCAUGUUGGAAGGCCGGAGAUAUUUUGGGUUGUUUAUUAGACUUGAACAAAUUAGAAAUCAUAUUCUCCAUAAAUGGUGUCCCACUCAAACCUUGUGUUCAAGUUUUCAAAACCGUGAGGUCUGGAUUUUUUGCAGCGGCUAGUUUCAUGUCAUUCCAACAAUGCCUUUUUAAUUUCGGAAAUGUACCUUUUAAAUAUCCCCCUACUGAUCGUGAAUAUAAGAAAUUCAAUGAUUUCGCUUCUUUGAAGCCUGAAGAUAAGGUUGUGCUUCCUAGACACAUAUAUUUAGACCAACUGAGGAAACUUAGCGUUAGAGAAGAUUCGUGUACAUUGUGUUUUGACCAAAGAGCAUCAGUGAGAUUGUUACCGUGCAAUCACAGAGGAUUUUGCCAGACGUGUUCGAAUCAGUUGGUAGAGUGUCCAAUGUGCAGGGCUACAAUUGAAGAAGUAGCUCUAGAUAACACAUGACACAACACAAGUACACCAGCAUUUUUUAAUACUCUUCCACUACCUUUCUUAUAUUAUACAACUCUCAGGAACUGUCGCGAGAUAAUCACAAUUGUAAAAUAUCGUGCGUAUCACGUAUGGGAUAUAAUUAUAUCAUUCUGCGCAUUUGUUUUCUUACAAUACAGUAUUUUAAAUCAAGAGGAUUACAAAUCAAUCAUAGAAAGCAAAGUCACCUUUAUAUGUAUCACGCUUCUAAUGUGUAUCACUCUAAACAUUGCUUUCAAAUAUGUGGAUGUGAUAUAUAAAUUAUCGUACUGGAAAUUCAAUUUACAGGAGAACAUCAUGUUACAUCUAUCGGCUGUGCGAAUUAUUUUCUUUAAAUUUGAUCUAUAUAAAAUUCGCAUUUAAUUAAAUAUUUAAAAUAAAAUAGACAAAUUUAAAUAUUUGUUUUUUUAUAUAGUAGACAUUAAAACAAGAUUAAUAUUUAAAAUUUACAUUUGAAUUCCUAUCAUUGUAUGCUGUACAUUUCCAAUUUAAUAUUUGUGACUGGUUCACAAAACUAUAAAACUAUUUUUGUCCAUGAAUUAAAAAUAUUUCUCUCUUAAAUUAUGAAAGUCUGCAAUUACCUGUACUUGUCAGUACUGACAAACAAAUAACUGAAUUUAUGGUAUAAUGUAAGGUUGAUUUUAGAGGAUUGUAAAAUAUUGAUAUCAUGUAGUAUAUACAGAAAAAAACCGUACACGUAUAAGCUCAUAUUAUAUUCUUAUGGAGACAUAAAAUGUUACAUGUAUAAUUUUG